UAUAAUUUAAAUAAUCAUGAAGUUAAGAUCAACCAAGAAUCUUUUACUUUCAUUGAUGGUUAUCAUCUUCUUGAUGCUUGCUAGUGUUACUUUAGCAGAAGAUGAUGGCUCUCGUGAUAAACGUGGAAUCCCAGCAGCUACUUGGAGUACAUCUUGGGACAGACUGAGCUCAGUAUCGUCAAGAAAUGGACCCGGGUUACCUGGUCAAUGGUCUCCAUCAUACAAUCCCGAUGCUGGAGCUAGUAAAAAUAGCACAGAUAAUAUUCAGGUUGAUAGCUUGGUUCAAAGCUCCAAAAUCCAUGUUGAUACUGAUUUAAAUUCUAAUAAGAGAGUUUAUAGCGGGCACGGAAUUCCUUAUGGAACAUGGAGUACAUCUCGGGAUGAAACGAGCUCUGCUUCGACAAGACUUGCCCCAGGAAGUGUUGGACAGUGGUCCCCAUAUGCCUCUCCUCCAGAUUAUGAAGAUUCUCUUGCUACUCAUCAUACCACCCCUAGGGAUUUGCAAGAAACUUCGACUACUUUUCAUAGUGCCUCAGGAACUAGGAAAGCUACAGGCGCUAUUCAUCAAAAUAGUGGACCUACUAAUCCUAGUACAAAAACCACUUCUCAUGCUGUUUUACCAGCCCAGAGCUCAGUUGUUGCCAAGGGUGAUACUACACAUGGAUCAACUACCAGAGUUCAAGGACAGACUACAUUUCAUGGUAAAACUUCUGCCGAUACCGCCUCACCUACUUCAAAGCAAGUCACUCGUGUUGGAGGAUCUCCUGUAUCAAGUGCAGCUAAGGUUGAUGCUACUUCUUCAGCUAUCAGGCCAGGAGUAGUUGAAGGGUACCAUACCUCGGUUGUUGGCCCAGUAGCUGGUCAUGUAUCUAUAGCAGAGCCUGCUUUACAUUAUGCUUCUGUAGCAGAGCCAGUCUCAUUCCAAGCUCCUAUUGUUGAAGAAGUUCUCCCAGCCCAUUACAGAAGCCCAAUGUCUUACGAAAGGCCAGCUAUUCUUUUUGAACAUGAAGAAAUUGUCGGUACCCCAAUGAGAAUUGAGAGACCCUAUAUCCUUGAAGAGACAGCUAUAUUCGAAGAUGUAGUAGUUGAACACGAAUCUCCGGUUAUUGAGUACCAGAGAGAGCUUCCAACCACUGAAAGUCAAAAGUUUAUCAAUGAAUAUAACAAGAACAAGUAUCCAGGACUAAUUUUCGGAGUUGAUGAAGAAAUUGAAAUUGAAAAAUGCUUCCACCAAGCUAUCGAUUUCUACCAAAAUGCUCAGGUAGAAGAAGUGUAUGAAGACGGAAUCAUCCAAACUCCAUUUGGAUCAACACAUGUUAGAUCUCCAUCUUAUUCCCAUGUUAACAGACCAGCUAGACAGCAUGAAGAAGUACUUGAAAAGUGUGUUCAUAAGACAAUCAUAGCUCCAACAACUGAGAACGGAGUGAGAAUUCCUCAGGUUAGAUAUUUGAAUCUGACUCAAAUAAAAACAGGAACCUUUGAAUGGCCAGUUGUUAGAAAAGCUCAAGUAUUACCAAGAAAGACUUUAGAGAAGACUGUCACUAUUCCUCAAGUCGGAUUUGUUGAUUUAUGUCAAGAUCACCCAACUACUGAGCAUUCUGUGAUGAUUCCACAAGUUCAUACUGUUCUGGUAGAGCAAAUAGUUCAUACUGAUGAAUGUGAAGUAAAUAUUCCACAAGUCCAUAAAAUUUGGAUCCCAAUCAUGGGAGAUGUCACAGUUGAUCAGUAUCCAACAAAAACUAGAAGAGUGAGCUUAAAACAAGAAUGGGAUUGCACUAUUAGAUGUGAAGACACUAGAGUUCAUUUUAUUAAGAUUCCACAAAGAGAUGAAGGUGUCACUGGAACAGUGAUUAAAAAUCCUUAUGAUGAAGGCAAAAAUAUCUGCCACAAUUGUCAUUCCUCUAAAUGUGCUGGUGUUGGUCCAUCUUUGAAUCCAUUCUUGAUCCAAGAGCAUAGAGAUGUUACUCCAGCUCCAGUCAUAGUACAAGCUGUAGCCCCAGCUCCAGAACCAGAAGUUAGAGUUGAAACUAAAUAUGUUGAGGUUAUCAAGGAAGUACCUAUUCCUUGUCCGGAGCCAGAGCCACAAGUUAUUGUAGCUCCAGCACCAGCCCCAGUACAGGCCGCAGUUCAAGCUCCACCACCAGAGCCAGAAGUGAAGGUUGUAACAGAGACAGUUUAUGUUGAAGUACCUGCUCCAGCUGCUGAGCCACAAGUUAUCAUUCAGAAGCAAGAUCCAACUGAGAUUCAUCAUAUUAAACUAGGACAAUGCCCAUGUUCUGAAACUGUUAUUGCUAACCCUGUAUCCUUUGCUGAAGGUGCACCAGGAGCUCCAAUCCAGUUCUUGCAAGGAGGUGCAGCAGCUGCAUCGAGCGGAUUCCCAUGGUGGCUGAUUCCUCUCCUUUUAUUCUUACCUCUCUUAUUGGCAAUGCUACUGGCAUGGCUUCUUUGUAGAGGAAGAAAUAGAAAGGAAAUUGUAGCAGCAGCUCCAGUAGAACAAGAAUCUCCAAAGAAGAAAUUUGUCAUUGAAAUGAGAAAUCAAGCCAAAGACAGGCAAUCUUCUGCUCAUGCUUUUGGAGAAGAGAGAAAAGCUGAGGCAACUUACAAUGUACAAGCAAAACAGGAAUCUCAUGCAAUUCAAGAAGUUCAUGCUGCACAAGAAGCUAGAGCUGUUAUGGGAGCUAAUACCGCGAAAGAGGCUAGAGCUGGACAAGAUGGUAGCCUAGUUCAAGAGACUAAGAUUAUAAAAGAAACCACUAAGAUUGUAAAAGAAGCACAAUCAGCUCAUGAAAGAGCUGGAGGAGCUGGAGCUGUUGUUAUUGAAAAAGAAGGAGCUGGAGCAACUGGAGUAGAAGAAGGAAAAGCAGCCAGUGCUGGAUCUCCUGGAACCAAAGUUAAACAACAAAGACUUGAAAGUCCAGGAAGUUCUCGCCGCUCAAGCGGAAGAAAUAGAUCAUCUAGAGGAUCAGGAUCUAGUAAGAAGGUUGUUAAAAAGAGAAUUGUCAAGAUGAUGAAGCAAGGAAAACUUGUAGCUGAGAAGGAAGAGAUCCUUGAUGCUGAAGGAAAUGUUAUCAGAACUGAAAUUAGAAAGCAAGGCUUCACUUCUGAAUCUCCAGGGAAAUCUAAUGAAUAA